AGACGUCAUCGCACUGCGCCGUCACGCGUUGCAAAGUGCGCAGCUACUUAGCUCGUGCUAGUUGCUACUGAUUCUUACUGGUUAGGGCUUUUUUUGGAUAAAGUUUGAGUUUGUUUUUUUUUUAAAAAAAGAUCCAGCCAUGGCGAUGCAAGCAGCUAAACGAGCGAAUAUUCGUUUACCUCCAGAGGUGAACAGAAUAUUGUAUAUUCGUAACCUUCCAUACAAGAUCACCGCAGAGGAGAUGUAUGACAUCUUUGGAAAGUAUGGGCCAAUUCGUCAAAUCAGAGUUGGGAACACACCAGAGACGAGAGGGACAGCCUAUGUCGUAUAUGAAGACAUCUUUGAUGCCAAAAAUGCUUGUGAUCACCUUUCUGGAUUCAACGUCUGCAACAGAUACUUAGUUGUAUUGUAUUAUAAUGCAAACAGGGCUUUCCAAAAAAUGGACACAAAGAAAAAGGAGGAGCAGCUGAAACUUCUCAAAGAGAAGUACGGGAUAAACACAGACCCACCGAAAUAGUCAACAUUUUAUUAUUUCUGUUGUUCUUUUAUUCUUUAUUGCACCCGUACCCUUCUCACUUCAACCCUUUAAGUGAUUUUUACUAUUACAAAAAGAACAGUGUACAUUACUUGGCCUGAAGUCUUGUUAUAUAUUGAUCUAAUGUCUUUUUCAAUUAGUUUUCUGUUAAUAUUGAAUAAAGUGUCGUUUGUUCAUCAGCAUUUGUUUUAUUAAAUCAGUGUUUUUCUUUUUUAAUA